ACAUCGGCGGGAAAAAUCAAUCAUGGCUGCUACUGCAACAUCGAAUGCGAUUACUUUGAAAGGGUCCACAGAAAUUGUUGCUGAAUUUUUUUCAUAUGGUAUCAACAGCAUACUAUACCAGAGAGGGAUUUACCCACCAGAGAGUUUUACCAGAGUCCAGAAAUAUGGUCUCACUCUUCUAGUUACGUCUGAUGAUAUGUUAAAAAAGUAUCUUAAUACAGUUGUUUCACAAGUCAAAGAAUGGCUGUUUAAUAUGACGGUGAAAAAGUUGGUGGUUGUCAUCAAAGAUGUGGACACAAAUGAGGUAUUAGAGCGAUGGCAGUUUGAUGUUGAGGGGGAUAAAGAGGUCAUUAAUGAAAGUAAGCCUCGUGAGAAGUCCGAGAAAGACAUCAAAAAUGAGAUCUGUUCCGUGAUUCGACAGAUUACUGCCUCAGUUACAUUCCUCCCCCUGCUUGAAGGUGCAUGUGCCUUUGAUUUGUUGGUGUACACAGAUAAGGACAUUGAUGUACCAGAGUCAUGGGGUGAGGAUGGACCUCAAUUCAUCACUAAUUCAGAGGAGGUUCGAUUGAGGUCCUUCACCACCAGUAUACACAAAGUCGACACCAUGGUGGCCUUUAAAAAAUAAACUUGAUGUUUGUGAAGAAGGAUAUUUUCUGUUCAAAGAAAGAAGAAAUGGAUUAAAUUCUGUCUUCUUGGAGCUGGCUCUGGAGAGGUGCUAUAAAUCAGUGCUACAAAUGUGUCUGACAUCGGUGAUGUGGAAGGUCAUGGAUCAACAUGUGAAAGUAAAGAGUGCCUUGGAAGUUAUUUCUGCUGUGUGUGUACAUCAUGUGUGAACUGAAAGUGUAACCAAGAGUUAGUGUUCUUAGUUUCAGUUACAUGUAACUUACAUAUAUUUCAGAAAUUACGGUUGUUAUGAUGCGUUGCACAGGGUGUAUGACUAUUACACUGUAUUUGAAUCUCAGAUUCCUAUUUUCAUCAUUGAAGUCAGGAAGCUGAAAUUUAGUAUAUGGUUUACAACUGUAUAUUUACAGACUGGGUUGAAGUUUUGUUACAGUGGAAUGGUUUUUACAAGAUAUGUGGGACUUCAUGCAGAAUAUUAUUUUCCAGACUUUUUUUUCAAUAUGUUUUAACUUAAGAAUCUGAAAUUUGACAUGUGGUUGCCAAAUGAUGAGUACCUACAGAAAAUUUCACUUUUGUUGACUUUUGUAAAUGAAAGCCUUACUUUCGUAGUGGGGUGAACUUCUUCAAUUUUUGUUUUUCACCAUGCUUUGAUUUUGGGGACAUGUAUUGCUUUUGCAAAACUAUCAGAAAUAAAUGUUUAUUUUGAAAUAUAUGUAUUGGUGUUUACUUUCUGAAAAGAUAUUAAAAUUGGCCAUUACAUGUAAAUUUGAUAUAAAUCCCCUGUGGAGGUAAAUUAAUGAGAGCAGUAAGUGUACUUUCAUUUUUUCAUUUAUUGAGUGCUGACAACUUUACAAUACACCUCAGGAGUCACAAGACUACUGUAACCUCAGUCCACUUUUUCAAAACAGCAAACUAGUCAUUGUAUAGAGUGGCAGCAAGAUGGCCAAAAAAAAAGUCAAUGAUUUGGAUAAAUUUUGCUAUUUACAUGUAUCAUGAGUUUUCUUUUUAUUAUUAUUUUAUUUAUUUAUAUAUAUAUAUAUAUAUAUAUAUAUAUAUUGUAACCCUGGAAAUUCCAACACCAACAGUACUAUGGCCGACAUGAGGAGGGGGGGGGGGUGUCAAAGAAAGUAAUGUGUAAAUGCUACUCUGUUAAUACAUAAAUACAUUAUAAAAAGCAAACUGAGCUUUAUAUUUAGAAAUGUGCUUGUAUUUUGGUGUAUGUAACAUGAUGCUAGUACUUGUAUUUACAUUUGAUAUUUACUAUAGGAUUAAACAUUCUUAUUGAAGAAUUUAUCAAUGUGUAAACUCUGGACAUUUUACUCACAAACUGAAUAAAAGUGAUGUUAAGUUUGUGAGUAAAAUGUCCGGAGUUUACACUUCGAUAAAUUCUUCCAAAAAGAAUGUUUGAUUCUUAUAAUUCCAAUUCAUUCACUUUAUUAACAAUUGCAAAAAUUUGAAUAGUUUCCCCGCACUAUGUUAUUUGUUUUCAGGCGUGUAUGAAUACAUCGCAUUUUCGGAUUUAUUGAUGUAUAAACUCUUGUUCAGCUUUAUUUUUGUGCAAUCAAAACAGUUGUAAUAAAUAACAUUGGAAUUAUAAAAUACUAAAGCUGUUUUUUACAAGA